UUCAUUUCAUUAUAUAGAUUUGCAUUCCUCUCUUUCAAUAUCUAUCAGUAUCAACCCUUCUUCGUCAUUCUCUUUCGCUCAUGGCCAAGUUUGAGUCAGUGCCAUUUGCUGUUGCAUCAAAUAUUAUUCACAGGCUAGCUUCCCCAGAUUUUCUUGAAUUUGGACAGCAUUAUGGUGUUAUGGAAGAGUUGGAAGCGCUUAAGAAGGCAAUUGGAUCUAUCAAUGAUGUGCUCCUUGAUGCUGACCACAAACAAGAUCAAGUUCGUGUGCGUAAUUGGAUAUCUGACUUCAAAGAAGUACUCCAUGCUGCAGAUGACUUAUUAGAUGACCUUGCUAUCGAGUUUAGGAGAGACAAACGGGAUGCAGCAGAAGGAAAAGAAGCAAACAAGGUACUUCGUUCCAUUUCAUCUUCAAAUCAAUUUCCUUUGUACAGUGAAAUGCCUGACAAAAUAAAAGAAAUACGAGGAAGUUUUAAUGACGUAGUAAAAGAAAUGAGGGAUUUGAAUUUAAGUCCAAGAUCAGGGGUGGUUAAGCGAACUAACAGUGAAUGGAGGGAAACAAGUUCUUUUGUGUUAGAAUCUGAUAUCAUUGGAAGAGAUGAUAGUAAAAAGGAGAUUAUUAGUCUGUUGAGACAACCUCAUGAAAACCAAAAAGUUUGUGUGUUUGCCAUUGUUGGCCUUGGUGGCUUGGGGAAGACAACUCUUGCUCAAGUGGUGUAUAAUGACUUGGAAGUGCAGAAUUGUUUUGAAAAGAAAAUGUGGGUGUGUGUCUCUGAUAACUUUGAUGUGAAAACUAUUCUGAAGAAAAUAUUAGAAUCUGUUACUCGUCGCCCGACAGCAGAUGGGUUGCCAUUAGACUACUUGCAAGAAGAACUACGUGAAAAUUUAAGUGGUAAGAAAUAUUUGUUGGUCUUGGAUGACAUUUGGAAUGAGAGACAUGACAAAUGGGCUGAAUUAAGAAAGUACCUGAUGUGUGGCGCUCAAGAUAGUAAGAUUUUAGUGACAACUCGAAGUGAAAAUGUAGCAAAGGCAAUGACUGCCAACACUUCCUAUCCUUUGAAAGGUUUGACUGAUGAAGCAUCUUGGAGUUUGUUGAAGAGCGUUGCAUUUGAGGAUGAUUUCAAAGGAGUGAAUCAAAACCUAGAAUCAAUAGGGAAAGAAGUAGCCAAAAAAUGUAAAGGGGUUCCACUAGCAGUUAAAACCUUGGGAGGCCUGUUACGAGGACAAAACGAAGAAAGUGAUUGGGAGAAUGUUUUACGUGGUGACUUUUGGAAAUUAUGUGAAGAGCACGAUUGUAUCAUGCCAAUUCUAAAACUCAGUUACCACAACUUGUCGCCAGAAAUGAGACAAUGUUUUGCUUAUUGCUCUUUGUACCCCAAGGAUUCAAAAAUUCCAAAAGAUGAGUUGAUUCAGUUAUGGAUGGCACAGGGUUACCUUAAAUGUUCAACUGAAAAACAACACAUGGAGGAUGUCGGUAAUCAAUUUGUAAAGAUGUUUUUGAUGAACUCAUUUUUUCAAGAUGCGGAUAGUGAAUACGGUGAAAUCAUUAGCUUCAAAAUGCACGAUUUAAUGCAUGAUCUUGCAAUGCUUGUUGCUGGCAAUGAUUAUUGUUACUUGGAUAGAAAGGCAGAAAAAGUUGAAGGUAGACCCAUGCACUUAUCAUUGGAAUCUUAUAAGGCCAUUCAUUUGUUGAACUCAUUAGAUCCGCGCAGGCUGCGAACUUUGAUUUUGCCUUUGAUUUUGCCGUCUGACUUAAAAAAGGAGGAAUAUUUGCCGGUUAUUGCAAAGUUCAAUUACUUACGCGUCUUGAGAAUGCAUCAUCUCCCUGAUUCCACUGAAAAUUUGAAGCAUUUAAGAUACCUUGUUUUAACACAACCAAAAAGUCUUCCCAAAUCUAUAAGCAAUCUUGUUUGCUUACAAACAUUAAAACUCAAAGAUUGCGAUGAAGAAUCAUUUAGAGAAGUAGUCACAAAAUUAGUUAAUUUGAGGUGCCUUGAUAUUGCUCGUCAUUGCUUGAGUGGAAUGGCAGUUGGGUUGGGAAAACUAUGCUCUUUGCAAUUCUUAUCGACCUUUGUUGUGGGAGACAGCCAAGAAAUAAAAUAUGCCACAUUAAAUGAACUGAAGGCCUUAAACCUCAGAGGCAAAUUAAGAAUUGAGCAUCUCAAUCGUGUCAGAGAAGUGGCUCUUGAAUCACAGCACGUAAAUUUAAAAGAAAAAAAAUUUCUUCAAUCCUUGACUCUGGAUUGGUCGGGGGAUGAAGACCGCCUUAACAGUGACGACAGGUUGCAAUUAUUGGAAAACCUUGAGCCCCACAGUAAUCUUAAGCGAUUAGAGGUGAAUCAUUAUCCAGGUGUGCUUUUCCCAAAUUGGCUGUCUCUCCUCACAAAUGUUGUUCACAUCCGUCUCUCUGAGGUUUCUAAAUGCCGCUGUCUCCCUCCGUUGGAACGUCUCCCGUCUCUGAAGUCCCUUGAUAUAUGGUCUCUUCAUGAAUUGGAAUACAUAUACCUCUGCGAAGAUGGCUUUGCAGUAACCUUCUUCCCCUCUUUGGAGAGCCUCAUGUUAGAAGAUUGUCCCAAGUUCAGGGGAUGGCGGAGGCGGGGAGAUGAUAUCAAUGAUUCACAUAAUCUCUCUUCAUCUCUUUCAUUUCCUCAUCUUUCUCAUCUGCAACUCUAUCUCUGUCCACAGUUGACUUGCAUGCCUUCCUUUCCAAACGUUAAGGAUUUAAAAUGGUACAAAUGCAGUGCGGAGCCAUUAAUAGCAACACUAAACACGUCAACAUGUUCAUCUGACUCAUCUUCCUCCGCUGCUCCUCUUUCAGUGCUCAAACAAUUGAAGAUUUCUGAUCCUAUGAAUUUACCAAAGGGUUGGAUGCAUAAUCUGACUUCUCUCGAGUCUCUUAAAAUUGAAUUGUGUGAAAGUGAAACACUUGAGGAAUUUGGAAUUUGGUUUAAGGACGACACCAACUGCCUUCCGUCUAUGCGAAAAAUCAACAUAUAUCAGUGUGAAAGGCUAAAGGCUUUGCCAGAUUGGAUUUGCAACUUCUCAUCGCUUCAACGCAUCAAGCUCAGGAGGUGCCCAAAAUUGGCAUCUCUGCCCGAAGGAAUGAGUCUUAUCAACUUAAAGAUGUUUGAAGUGAAGAAAUGUUCCCUCUUACUUGAAGAAUGCCGAACAGAGACAAGUGCUGUUAGUCGCCAAAUCGCACACAUCCCACAAAUCAUCCUUCGUGAUUAGUGAUGAUAAAGACCGUCUAGAUGGACCUUUGAGCGUGUUACUGGCACAAAAAACGCAACUGAUUCAGGUUAUCGUUACCUUGGAUCAGACGAUGAUCUUGAUUUUGAAGAUUUGGCUGAGAUAGAGAGCUGGCAUGGAAUUGUCUAGUACCUGGCCCUCAGGGUUGGGGUGUGUUUGAAGACUAUUUUGGGACUUAAAAUUUGUUUAUGUUACGAAAUUAUUUUGAUUAUGUAAAUGUUAUUUUAAGUUCCAUAUAUU